AGUUACUCAGCCAGGUGACAGCUGAGCCAGCAGGCAAACGGCACGACUGCAACCUACGCACAGAAACAAGCUACAAAAAGAUAUUUGUCAGCAUCAAAUCAAAUCAGUUACUUAUUUACUGCGUAUACUGUAUUCAUUUUUUAUUUUUUUAUUUUUACAUGCACAUUGUCAAAAAGCUCUUCUUCCGUUUGCUCUUGUGGAGAAAUCAGCUAGCAGGAGAGGACGUUAGCUUGUGACAUUACUACCAGACUCCACGGUUGUUGUAUUUUUGUCCAGGUAAGGUUACACAGCCGUGGUGAACAUGUCAGAGGCGGCCGGGGACGCGAGGCUGGAUAUGAAACAGGCGAGCAAAGAGGUGAAAGAGAGCGAAAACGCUGCGGAAAAAUACUCAGCCAUGACCGUCAGCAAACAUAGCGAAAUGAACGUGGGAGAUCUGUCGUCGGCUUUUAGCGCUGUUCCUACUCACAAACCAGUUAAAAAGCAAAUCCAGUUUGUGGAGGAAAAGCAGGAGUUCAGCAGGUUUCCCACCAAAGCAGGCCGACGCUCGCUGUCCCGCUCAAUCUCGCAGUCGUCCACUGACAGCUACAGCUCUGCUGCAUCCUAUACAGACAGCUCUGACGACGAGACGUCACCACGGGACAAAACGCAGGUUAACAGCAAGGGCAGCAGUGACUUCUGCGUCAAAAGCAUCAAGCAGGUUGAAUUCGGGAGACGUGAGAUUGAGAUAGCAGAACAAGAUAUGUCAGCACUGAUCUCACUCAGGAAGAGAGCACAGAGUGAGAAACCAUUGGCAGGUGCCAAAAUCGUGGGCUGCACUCACAUCACUGCUCAGACUGCGGUGCUGAUUGAGACUCUGGUAGCUCUUGGGGCUCAGUGCCGAUGGACUGCAUGUAACAUAUACUCAACGCAGAAUGAAGUAGCUGCUGCUUUGUCAGAGACGGGUGUGGCUGUGUUUGCCUGGAAGGGAGAGUCUGAAGAUGACUUCUGGUGGUGUAUUGACCGCUGUGUCAACACUGAGGGUUGGCAGCCCAAUAUGAUUCUUGAUGAUGGCGGAGACUUGACACACUGGGUGUAUAAGAAAUAUCCCAAUGUCUUCAAGAAGAUCCGGGGUAUUGUAGAGGAGAGUGUUACCGGAGUUCACAGGUUGUAUCAACUUUCCAAAGCUGGAAAACUGUGUGUGCCAGCUAUGAAUGUAAAUGACUCUGUGACAAAACAGAAGUUUGACAACCUGUACUGCUGCAGAGAGUCUAUCUUGGAUGGCUUGAAAAGAACCACAGAUGUCAUGUUUGGAGGCAAACAGGUGGUUGUAUGUGGGUAUGGUGAGGUUGGAAAAGGUUGUUGUGCAGCUUUGAAAGCUUUGGGAGCUAUUGUGUAUGUUACAGAGAUCGAUCCCAUCUGUGCCCUGCAGGCCUGCAUGGACGGAUUCAGAGUGGUCAAGCUGAAUGAGGUUAUUCGUCUGGUUGAUGUCAUCAUCACAUGCACUGGAAAUAAAAACGUGGUGACCAGGGACCAGCUGGACCGAAUGAAAAAUGGUUCUAUUGUCUGCAACAUGGGACACUCCAACACUGAGAUUGAUGUGGCAAGUCUUCGGACUCCUGAGCUGACCUGGGAGAGAGUUCGCUCUCAGGUGGAUCAUGUCAUCUGGCCUGAUGGCAAGAGAGUUAUCCUCCUGGCUGAGGGGCGCCUUCUGAACCUCAGCUGCUCCACCGUCCCGACCUUUGUCUUGUCCAUCACAGCCACCACACAGGCUCUGGCCCUCAUAGAGUUGUACAAUGCUCCUGAGGGACGUUACAAACAGGAUGUUUACUUGCUUCCCAAGAAGAUGGAUGAGUAUGUAGCCAGUUUGCAUCUGGCCACAUUUGACGCCCACCUGACAGAGCUCUCUGAUGAGCAGGCCAAAUAUCUGGGUUUGAAUAAAAACGGACCAUUUAAACCAAACUAUUACAGGUAUUAGGCUGUCAGACACACUCUGAACUGACUGUGUGGAUCCUUCUGGCCUCCUGAUAACAAGAGGGUUUAUGUAUACAUUUUUUAUGCACUUCACUGUAUGCACAAUUUGCAUUUAUAUAUAUAUUUUAGUGACCACGACAGAUUAUGCCUUCCUUGCUGCUUCCUGCACACAACGCACGUGACACUCUGUUAUGAAAAAGUUGGUGUAACUGCAGCACUCAGAUGUCUAUUAUCCAAUAUGUCUGAUAAGAGUUUGAUUGCAUGUGUUUCUAUAACUGCUGAUAUAUGAUAGCUGUUGAAUGAUGUUUGAAUAUAUUGUGCCAAAUGACUGAUAAUUGACCAUUAUAGUUGUUAAAAAAUAAUAAUCAAUAGAAA